UUUUAUAUUUGCCACAACGAACUCGAUCACAAUUUAAAAACAACAAAUAACUAACAUGACAGAAAGCUCAUCAAUGGAAACUGUGAAAGCAUUGGAAGAAGAAGAGCAGCACAAGUGGAGGGAAGUGAUCUUACCAUCUUUGAUACCUGUGGUUCCCGAGCCCGAACUUGAGCGGGAGUCUGGUGAGAGGCGAAGAGGUCGUGAUAUUGUUAUCGCCAUUGAUCAUGGCUCGAAAUCUAAACAUGCCUUCGACUGGGCACUUGUUCAUCUUUGCCGCCUAGCCGAUACCAUCCACCUUGUUCAUGCGGUUUCUAGUGUGAAGAAUGAGGUUGUGUAUGAAGAGACACAGGCUUUAAUGGAAAAACUUGCUGUUGAGGCUCUACAAGUUGCCAUGGUUAAAACAGCUGCUCGGAUAGUGGAAGGAGAUGCAGGAAAGGCAAUUUGCAAAGAAGCAGAGAGGGUGAAGCCCGCGGCUGUUGUUAUGGGUACCAGAGGCCGCGGCAUAUUAAAAAGUGUAUUGAAGGGAAGUGUAAGCGAAUAUUGUUUCCACAACUGCAAAGCAGCACCGGUUAUAAUCGUGCCUGCCACAGAAGCAGGGGAGGAAUCAGUCAUUUCCUUGGAGAAGAGUUAAAUUGCCUAACUGAAGAACUUGCAGAUGUCAAAUAUUGGUUCUUGUGUUUCUAAUAUUGUAUUAUUUCUCGGUUUGUUUCAGUAUAGUAAACAUGUAUCAUAUUCUUUAUAUUGCUAUAAUAUAUGUAUAAACACGAGACCCAUAUGACUAUAUGAGUGAGUAAAAAUCAAGAUCUUGAAAUCAAAA